AUGUCCACCUCAUCCACACCAGGCGCGGGAGCUCCAACCAACCCCCACCCCAUCCCUCUGACGGAAUCCGAAGUUUUGAUCCGCGGUUUCCUCGCCGCCAACCCGGAUCUCUGCGACGACAAAUCGAACCCCAUCGACAUAAUGACGGAUCGUUUUACGAACCAGGAAUGGAAAACGCAAAUUGAUCAGACGAUUAAGAAUGUGUUGAAAGAGGUGGAAAGUGGAGAGAGGGCGAGGAAGGUUUACGAGGGCCCGCGGAUGAGGAAUGGAGAGGAAGCGCUGAAGCAGUUGGCUAAAACGGUGGAUCACACGGUACUCAAGUUGGACGCGACGACGAAGAUGAUCGAUGGGCUGUGCGGCGAGGCAAGGACAGAAAACUUCAAGUCUGUCUGUGUUCGCCUGAACUAUGUCCAACGCUGUGUCUCCAACCUCAAAGGCACCGACGUGCUUGUAGCCUGCGUUGUAGGCUUCCACGAAGGAACCCAAGACACUUACUACAAGCUGCGAGAAGCACGUGCCGCCGUAGCAGCAGGCGCGAGGGAACUCGAUGUCGUCCUCAACUACUCCCUCCUCACCAAGCACAACCGACCGGUUUCUCCACCGUUAGAGCGUGCUCGUGACUCAGCAAUCGACAGCAUCACCGCUGCCAACACGGCCAAGAAUGCUGGAAGCAGCAACGCCAGCGACUUUAGCGAGGAAGACUCAGACGAGAUCCCAGACUACAGCGCCAUUUACAGAGAACUGGCUAGCAUACGAAGCCUCUGCCCUGCCCCCACAACACUCAAACUCAUCCUCGAAACUUCGCAAUUGAACUCCGCGCAGAUCCUCGCUGCAUCUCAUCUUGCCGCUGCUGCUAGCUUCGACUUCAUCAAGACAUCCACUGGCUUCAACGGACCGGGCGCUAACCUGCCCAACGUGCAGCUUAUGGUGGCCGCGGCGGAGUACCUCGCAUCGGCCAAAAUAGGCAAGAAGAAGAUGGAGGUCAAGGCGAGUGGUGGGGUCAGGGACUUGGACACGGCAGUCAAGAUGCUGGAGGCUGGUGCGACACGGCUGGGAACUAGUUCUGGGUUGUGGAUUAUGCAGGAGGCAAGGGCCAAGGUGGGCGAGGAGAGGGUUGCGGCUGGGCUGUCGUUGGAGGGGAAGAGACCUAGCCCGCAGACGCGGUUGUAUACCGAUGAUUCUGAGUACUAG